GCCUGCCUCAUCGCCAUGUUCCUCGACCCGCUUUACUUCUACCUCCCCGUAAUCGGCGGCCCCGCCUGCAUGGAGAUCGACCUCGGCCUCGGCAUCCUCGUCACCUUCUUCCGCACCGUCGCCGACUCCUUCUACCUCCUCCACAUCGUCAUCAAGUUCCGCACCGCCUUUGUUGCACCGAGCUCCAGGGUUUUCGGCCGCGGCGAGCUCGUCGCCGAUCCGUGGGCCAUCGCCGCCCGGUAUCUAAAGUCCGAUUUCGUUGUCGACCUUGCAGCGGCGCUGCCACUUCCGCAGAUUGUGACAUGGUUUGUGAUUCCAGCAGUAAAAAAUCCAACGGCUGCUCAUGCUAAUCACACUCUUUCUCUAAUUGUUCUUGUUCAAUAUGUCCCUCGCAUUUUCCUCAUCUUUCCCCUAAACCGACGAAUUGUUAAAACAACUGGUGCUAUAGCCAAGACCGCUUGGGCAGGAGCAGCAUACAAUCUCCUUCUGUACAUUCUAGCUAGUCAUGUCGUCGGAGCUUCAUGGUACGUGUUGUCCAUCCAGCGCCAGCAUCAAUGUUGGAAGCUAGAAUGUGACAAAGAAAUGAAUGCUACACACUCUCCUUCUUGCCAUCCUUCUUUUCUUGAUUGCAGCAGCCUGAGCAACCCCGAACGCCGGUUUUGGAUGCAGGGUACUCAGGUCCUAACCAGCUGCGACGCUCUGAAUGACGAUAAAAAUUUUGAGUUUGGAAUGUUCGAGGAUGCUUUCACUAGCGAAAUCGCCUCUUCGCACUUCACAGAGAAGUACUUCUAUUGCCUUUGGUGGGGCUUGAGAAGUUUAAGUUCAUAUGGACAAAGCAUUGCGGCAAGUACUCUUCGUGGUGAAAUAUUGUUCAGCAUUCUUAUUUGCUCAGCGGGCCUGGUUCUUUUCUCUCAUCUCAUAGGCAACAUGCAGACUUAUCUGCAAUCAAAUAGUGCUAGACUUGAAGAAUGGAGGAUCAGAAGAAGAGACACAGAAGAAUGGAUGAGACACAGACAACUCCCGUUAGAGUUACAAGAACGAGUUCGUCGGUUUGUGCAAUACAAAUGGAUUGCCACAAGAGGUGUAAAUGAAGAGUCCAUUUUGCAGGAUUUGCCCUUGGAUUUGAGACGUCAAAUUCAAAGGCAUCUUUGUCUUGCCCUUGUUCGUCGUGUUCCUUUCUUUGCACAAAUGGAUGAUCAACUCCUAGACGCCAUAUGCGAGCGCUUGGUCUCAUCCCUAAACACAAAGGACACGUACAUUGUCCGGGAAGGCGACCCAGUAAACGAGAUGCUCUUCAUAAUCCGAGGCCAACUAGAGAGCUCCACGACCGACGGCGGAAGGUCAGGGUUCUUCAACUGCAUAGCCCUCCGUCCAGGCGACUUCUGUGGCGAGGAGCUCCUGACAUGGGCUCUAAUGCCAACUUCCAGCAUCAACUUGCCUUCUUCAACCCGAACAGUUCGGUCGCUCACCGAGGUUGAGGCCUUUGCCCUCCGCGCCGAGGACCUCAAAUUCGUAGCCAGCCAGUUCAAGCGCCUGCACAGCAAGAGGCUGCAGCAGGCUUUUAGAUACUACUCCCACCAGUGGAGGGCUUGGGGGGCUUGUUACAUACAAGUGGCUUGGAGAAGGUAUUGGAAGAGGAAGAUGGCUUUGGAAUUGGCUAGACACGAGGAGUAUUAUUACAGUAAUGUUGCGGAACAAGAGUUCGAUAAUUACAAGAUCAGCGGAUUAAUGUCGGUUGAUGAUCAUGAUGUUGGAGAGGAAAAUGGUGAUCAAGAGGGUUCUUCUGGUAACACUAGAAGAGGGGUUAACCAAAAAGUACUGCCCGCGCUUGAUCCCGAUGCCAACAGCUUGAAAAUGCCCAAGAAGCUGUUCAAGCCUGAGGACCCUGAUUUUUCAGCAGAUUUGUGA